GGUGCGAGGGGCAGGGCUGGGGGUCUCAGAAGAGAGGGGGCACGGCCGGAGGACCAGCUCCCGCGGCUACUGGACCACCGAGGAGCACUGCAGAGGGCGGGGCGUGGGAACCUCUUUGUGGCCCGGGGGAGCAGCUCGGCGGGCGGAGCCCGGGCUGGAGCCGGACCCCGCAGCCUGCACGGCCUGCUCGCUCGCUGCCUCCCCGACCCCCUCCUCUCUCCGGCGGGCCGGGAAGCAGGCAGGGAGGCACGGGCAGGCGCGCGGCGGCUGGAGCUGGAGCUCGGGAGAGCAGCGCCCGGCAGCAGCGGCAGAGAGGACAGCUCCGAGCCCAGGAUGAGCGGACUGCACGUCGACCGGGCCCGGCUGCCCGGGGUGCAGGAGGUUCGUCAAGAUUUUGCUAUCCUUGAGGAUGGAGCCCUGGCCCAUUGCUUGCAGAAACAAGAAAUUGAACAGCAUUAUGCCUCCAAUGUGCAGAAGAGUCAGCUUGUUCAGAUGGACAUUCGGAUAGCCCGAAAACUGCAAGAUGUGGAGAACCAGGGAAGAAAACUGGGGAAAUCUCACCAACAGAAAAAAAUGGAAGAGAGUGAUUCUGAGCUGGCUCGAUCGAUUCAGGAAGAAAUCCAGAGGAAAGCAGAGGAGUGUCGGCAGAGAGAAGAAGACGACCAGGAAAUCGCCAAGAAAUUGCAAGAGUUAGAAGAAGAGGCAUCUUUCUUUCUGAGCUCCCACAGCCCAAGAGAUGUGAAUGAUCCUCAACAUGAUGUCACAGACCCCCUAAAUUGGCAGAUGGCUGGACUGGAACUCCACAGUCAGGAGCAGCUCCAACAAGAUGAAGAAUUAGCCUGGAGAUUGCAGGAAGAAGAGGAGACUCACAUAAGAACAAGAAGGAAUCGGGAGCGCAAUGAUGACUAUCGGACUGCACAAGUGGCCCAGGAUGAGGAGAUUGCCAGGUACAUGCAAGAUGAAGAGCUAAAGUGCCACCAGAGGGAAGUCCGGGAAUGGGAGCUAAGAAGGGAAAACAGGAACAGAAGCAUCAGCUUUUCUGAACAAAGGCAGAGCAGGAGCAAGAAGACUCAAGUACCGCUGGACGCUGAGGUCAUUCCCCCUGCUAGAGAUCCACCUCCAGACUGUUCGGACUUCCCAACCCAAGCAUCUGAGGGAAAUGGUACAAAGCAGCUGUUUUCCCGGAAUAUUGCUGAAGAACUGGACCCAACAUUUAAGUCAAGUGGGACAGACCCACCUGUUGAUGUACCUGCUGUCAGUUGCCAAGCUCUUGCCCAUACAAUCCCAGUGGAGGGUCUCUUUGAGUACAGUGAGGAAAGCCCGGAAGCGGCCUUUAUUUCACCAACCAAACGUCAGUCAGGACGUCAGAAAACCAAAGACAAGAAGGAACCCUGCAAGCAACAGUGAGAUAAAGUUUCCCCCUCCCCCCACUCCUCCUUCUCCUCCCCCACUCUAGUUCCUCUCUCCCACAAAGGGAAACUAAGUUAAACUUCACCUCCAAUCAAACCCUGGACCACAAAUACUGCUUCGCCACAUCCUUCAACGACUUCAUGCCUCAUGGUCAUACUGGGACACCUUGUUUCCUAAGUUAUUGUGUGUGGGGGGGGGGGGUGUGGGGGUGUGUGUGCUGAAUCAAGAGGUGGCUAGAUGGCUCAAUGGAUAGAGCAC